AUGUCAGAUCCUGCGGGGUACACUGUGGGUUGGAUUUGCGCCUUGCCCGUGGAAUACACUGCCGCACAAGGGUUUCUCGAUGAAGAGCACGACAAACCGAGCUUUGUGUCGCCAAACGAUGCCAACGACUAUACGUUAGGCAAAAUGGGCGAACACAACGUUGUCAUCGCUGUCUUACCCGAUGGUGAAUAUAGAACAGCUUCCGCGGCUAGUGUAGCGACAAAUAUGCUCAACAGUUUUCACAACAUCAGGAUCGGCCUCAUGGUCGGAAUUGGCGGGGGUGUACCAAGCAAGAGCCAUGAUAUUCGCUUGGGCGAUGUUGUGGUCAGUGCGCCUCGCGGUGGCGAGAGUGGUGUGUUUCAAUACGAUUUUGGCAAGUCGAUCCAGGACCAAAGUUUUCAGCAUACGCGGUUCUUGAAUCAGCCACCAGCUAUAUUGCGCGCUGCAAUGGCGGGUAUUCGAACACAAUACGAGAGAAAAGGGCAUCAGCUCGAGGAGGCUAUCAACGGCAUGUUUGGAAAGAACAUGAGACUACGUCGGAAGUACACCCAGCCAGAACUAAUUACCGAUAGGCUGUUUCUUCCCGAAGUUAUCCAUCACCCAGCAGGCUGUGCUAAAUGUGCAGUUGAUCCGUCAACGUUGGUACUACGGAGUGAGCGGGCCGACGACGAAGAUAACCCUGCCAUUCACUAUGGCCUGAUUGCUUCUGGCAAUCAGUUGAUGAAGGAUGCUCUAAUUCGAGAUCGGCUUGCCGCGGAAAAAGACGUUCUUUGUUUCGAAAUGGAAGCCGCGGGGCUGAUGAAUACUUUCCCAUGUCUCGUCAUCCGGGGUAUCUGCGAUUACUCGGACUCACAUAAGAACAAAGAGUGGCAAGGGUACGCAGCUAUAGUGGCAGCUGCAUAUGCCAAAGACCUUCUACAAAGGAUCCCUCUCAAUAGAAUUGAAGCCGAGGAGAGGAUAAGUGCUGUUGUGUCUGAGGAGCUGAAAGGCAUCCAACAUCGCUUAGAUCAAGCAUACACUCAAAACGAACGGCACUUUAGUGAACAGAAAGCAAGAGUCCUAACAGAUCAACAGCGCCGUUGUUACCAAGUGUUCAAGGUCGUCAACUACGCGGAGCAAAAGAACAUAAACCCUGAACGAGCUGAGGGAACCUGUCGAUGGGCUCUCCAGAGCUCUGAAUACAUCCGUUGGUGGGAGAGCAACUGCAACGAUCUUCUCUGGGUGUCGGCUGACCCAGGCUGUGGCAAGUCUGUCCUAGCCAGGUCAAUAAUCGAUGAUUGCUUAGACAGCUCUCAUCCAUCUGUGAAAAUAUGUUACUUUUUUUUUAAAGACAAUGAUAAACAGAACGAUCUUACUACGGCACUAUGUUCGGUACUUCAUCAGCUAUUCAGCCAGCAACCUCAUCUAUUACAACAUGCCAUUCCGGCUUGGGAAAAGAAUGGGGGGACCCUUCGACAAGAAGUUGAUGAGCUUUGGCGGAUCUUAAUAGCGGCAACAGCAGCUGACAUCUCGUGCAAGACAAUUUGCGUAUUCGAUGCACUUGAUGAAUGUCGUGAAACCGAUCAGCGCCGGUUAAUCGAAAAGCUUCAAGCGUUUCAUCGCCAGCCAUCUUCAUCAACAGAUGAAACCUGUUUGAAAUUCCUGGUCACCAGUCGUCCCUACGAUCAUAUACAGGAUCACUUUCGAGCAAUCACCGAUUCUUUCCCACAUGUACACAUCAAGGGAGAGGAGCAGAAUGACCAAAUCCGUAAGGAGAUUGAACUGGUGCUGAGGAUUCGAGCAAGAGAGCUAGCUAAAACGGUGCCGCUGUCACCAGAGCUUCAUCAUCGAGUUGAACAGCAGCUGCUUCAAAUGGAACACCGUACAUAUCUUUGGCUACACCUAGCCAUUGAUGAUAUCCGUACUACCUUCAAAGACAGCCUCCGGCCUGCAGAGCAUUCGAUCACACUGAUACCGCUUUCUGUGAAUGCAGCAUACGAAAAGAUACUUAGUCGAGUCCAGGCGGAUGAAAUGGAUACAGUCAAAAUGAUCUUGGAGAUCAUUGUGGUGGCACGACGUCCCCUCACUGUACGAGAGAUGGCUGUCGCUCUAGGUAUUGCCACUUACUCAGAGGCACGAACAAUACUGGGGGCUAGGCUAGAUCCAACUCAUUUAGAGAGAAAAAUUCGACAAUUAUGCGGCUUAUUUGUCUUUACCAACAACUCCAAGCUCUAUCUUAUCCAUCAAUCUGCCAGAGACUUUCUUAUUCAAAAGAAAGAUUCCAGCAAUCCCAAAUGUGCAUACUGGAACAGUCUGACUGACGCGGAAGAUCAGAUGGCUAAGAUCUGUUUGCAAUACUUGUUGAUAGAGGAUUCAGAAUACGAUGAAGGUGAAUUGGGCUCCUUUAGUGGAAGUUUCUUGGAAUAUUCAGCAGUAUAUUGGCCCGAUCACGUACGAAACAUGCCUUUGACUUCAAUGCGAAAAGAAACCGACCGAGUGCAUCGAUUAUACGACAUGAGUGGGAAACCUUUCUCAAGGUGGUUUCCCAUUUUUUGGAGGACAAUCAGACCAUACGAAAGAGCUCCUGUAAUGAGUGCCCUGCAUCUGGCGGCAUUCAAUGGCCAUGAACAGGAGGUAUAUUCUAUACUUGGUGUAAAUGAAAAUGACGUCAAUGCACCUGAUGAUACAGCAACAUAUCCAGUCAUGUGGGCUUCAAUUAAUGGACAUGAUAGGGUUGUGCAACUUUUGUUAGAGCGAGGAGCCGAUGUCAACGCCCAAGGUGGAGAGUACGGAAAUGCCCUCCAAGCUGCUUGUGACAGAGGACACGUCAAGAUCGCACAGAUGCUGCUAGAGCGAGGAGCCGAUGUCAACGCCCAGGGUGGUGAGUACGGAAAUGCCCUCCAAGCUGCUUGUGACAGAGGACACGUCAAGAUCGCACAGAUGCUGCUAGAGCGAGGAGCCGAUGUCAACGCCCAGGGUGGUGAGUACGGAAAUGCCCUCCAGGCUGCUUGUGACACAGGACACAACAAGAUCGCACAGAUGCUGCUAGAGCGAGGAGCCGAUGUCAACGCCCAGGGUGAACGCUACGGAAAUGCCCUCCAGGCUGUUUGUGACAGAGGACACGACAAGAUCGCACAGAUGCUGCUAGAGCGAGGAGUCAAUGUCAACGCCCAGGGUGGACGCUACGGUAAUGCCCUCCAGGCUGCUUGUAACAGAGGACACGUCAAGAUCGCACAGAUGCUGCUAGAGCGAGGAGCCGAUGUCAACGCCCAGGGUGGACGCUACGGUAAUGCCCUCCAGGCUGCUUGUAACACAGGACACGACAAGAUCGCACAGAUGCUGCUAGAGCGAGGAGCCGAUGUCAACGCCCAGGGUGGACGCUACGGAAAUGCCCUUCAGGCUGCUUGUAACACAGGACACGACAAGAUCGCACAGAUGCUGUUAGAGCGAGGAGCCGAUGUCAACGCCCAGGGUGGACGCUACGGAAAUGCCCUCCAGGUUGCUUGCUUUGGAGGAUACGUCAAGAUUGCGCAGAUGCUGCUUCAGCACGGAGCCGAUGUCAACUUGACGGCUGGUAGCGUCUCUGCCCUUUCCUUGACUACCCAAUGCCGGAAUGGCGAUCUUCUGGAAUUGCUUCUUGCCUCCGGAGCAAAUGUUGAAAAAGCACUACAAAUGCUGGAUUCAAUAGAUGACCGAUUUUACCUGAAACAAAAUGCGCUGGAUUAUGCUGCUGCAGCAGGAAAUCAGGAUAUGGUGAAGAUUCUGAUCUUAGCAGGAGCCGACGUUAAUUAUGCGUCGAAAUCAGAUCUUAGGGUGCCUUUGCACAUGGCAGCUGAAUCAGGUCAAAUUGACGUGGUUACGGCAUUACUUGAUGCAAACGCAGACCCCACGAAGGAAGACAGCUUGUCUAGGACUGUUCUGUAUUAUGCUAGCCUUGCUGGUUCAACCUCAAUUGCUCAGAUCCUCGAAAGUGCAAUCGGUCACUACAACAAAGGAUUCAAACUUGGACUGUGUUACAGGGCUAACACUGGAGGACUUUCAUAUGAACUUAUCUACUCAGAUCCUGACCAACCAGCUAUCACUGAAGAUUACAUGCCUCUGUCAAAGCUACUCGCGACAUGUGCUGGCCAAUCGCAUCUCUGCUCCAUCAUUAUGAAUCCUCCGGAACGGAGCAAGGGUCAAAGAAUAUGGGUGGAGGUUCUUAUACAAGAACUCUCCGAGGAGGAUGGCUUUGGCCUUCUUUGUCUUGAGAGCUGGGUUAUCAAAAGAAUCACAGUGCUUGCUGUAGCUUGUGCUGUGGGCGCUGGGUUAAUUGGAAUUCUGUGGGCUACGAUUUUAGAUAAAACCUCCGAUGGAUUCGCCAUCACAGGAUGUCUAAUUGCUGCUGAGGCCCUAGCCAUCAGUCUCAUGCUUUUUGAGGCUCAACUUCGACCAGCCAACUAA